GUUGGCCUAUCCGGAGGAGUUCCGGAGUUAGAGGCUGAAUUUCCAAGGAAGGAUGAACGAACAUCCUUAUAUCUGAGGCCAGGUUCUCCAACCAGCAUCGCGUUCGAGAGGCCCCAGGAGUUCCCUCUGGGGAGGGUGAUCCGGUAGGGCCCAGGGCGUGCGCAGUAGGCGGGGCGCGUGGUGCCCGGCGCGUGCCCUCGCUCCACCCCCAAUCCCCCGCCCAGACGGUGGUCCGGGUGUCUCUCCGCGGGGCGUCCGCUUCCCCUCACCUCCCAGUGCUACAGCUUCCCGACCCCAGUGCCGUUGGAGUGACCGCAAGCGAGGCCGGGCGCUGUGUCCGACGGAGGGAAGCCGGAGGACCCGGCAUCCAGGGAGAGCAGAGACUGGGAGGGCCGAGCGUAGAGUAACCCGGGGGAGCGUCUGGAGAGCCCGCUUCAUCCCGCUCCUUUCCUCGCUGCCCAUCGCGAGUGCAGCCAGGCCGGAGGACCGCGUCCACGCUGCCCGACGAGGGGACAUGGCCACGCCGUCCCUACCCGCCGGAGCCACCACGGGCGACAGUGGUGGGGAAUUGAGCUCUGGGGACGACUCUCGUGGCAUGGAGUCCCCCCAGAGCCCCGAGACCGAGGCGUCCAGGAGCCUGGCAGAGCAGUUUGAGAGGGCUGCCGCGCACGUCCAAAGCCUGAUUCAGUUGGCCAGCAGGGAGCAGCUCUUGUACCUGUAUGCCAGGUUCAAGCAGGUCAAAGUUGGAAAUUGCAAUAUUCCUAAGCCAAACUUCUUUGAUUUUGAAGGAAAGCAAAAAUGGGAAGCAUGGAAAGCCCUUGGUGGCUCAAGCCCCAGCCAAGCUAUGCAGGAAUAUAUUGCAGCAGUUAAAAAAUUAGAUCCAAGUUGGAAUCCUCAGACACCAGAGAAGAAAGGAAAAGAAACAAAUAGUGGUUUUGGUGGGCCAGUUGUUAGUUCUUUAUACCAUGAAGAAACAAUCAGGGAAGAAGACAAAAACAUAUUUGAUUACUGCAGGGAAAACAACAUUGACUAUAUAACCAAAGCCAUCAAAUCGAAAAAUGUGGACGUGAAUAUGAAAGACGAAGAGGGAAGAGCUCUACUCCACUGGGCAUGUGAUCGAGGUCAUAAAGAGCUGGUCAGAGUCUUGCUACAGUAUCAAGCUGAUAUUAAUUGUCAGGACAAUGAAGGUCAGACAGCUCUUCAUUAUGCUUCUGCCUGCGAGUUUUUGGGCAUCGUGGAGCUCCUGCUUCAGUCCGGCGCUGACCCAACUCUCCAAGACCAGGACGGCUGUCUGCCAGAAGCGGUGACAGGUUGCAAAGCGAUUACUUUGGUGCUGCAGCAGCACAGAGCUAGCAAGGCUUAAUCGAACGACUGGAAAACCACAGUCUGUGUGAUAGGAUAAGACCUCAGGAAUGAAAGAAACUGCAAAAAUGAUACUUCUUUACCACCCAUCUUUGGUAUGCAUUAGCUAAUAAAAUCCAUUCUGAGGAACUGA